GCGAGUGAAGGUCAUCCUAUGAAUAUAGCAAGUACCUCUGCGGUGUUUUCAUUUAUCAAUGACAGUGGGAAUGGAGAACUUCAUCCUUGUGUUCCUCUCGGUUCUUGUGUCUUGUGCGGCAGUACAACCCCCCAACAUUGUCUUCAUAGUUGCAGAUGAUUUAGGAUGGCACGAUGUUGGUUUCCGAAACCCGCACAUGAAGACUCCUAACAUCGACAAACUGGCAACAGAGGGGAUCAUCUUUGAGAGUGCAUAUGUCCAGCCCUAUUGUAGCCCGUCCCGCACGGCCUUCAUGAGUGGAAUGUUUCCAUUCAAGGUGGGCAUGCAGCACAACGUUCUAAGCGAUGUUCAGCCCGCUUGUGUGCCUCUCAACUACACCUUCCUGCCUCAAGAGUUGAAGAAACUCGGCUACGCUACGCAUAUUGUCGGCAAGUGGCACCUGGGUUUCUGUAAAUGGGAGUGUACACCAACGUACAGAGGGUUCGAUACUUUCUUCGGUUACUACAGUGCAUCGGAGGACUACUUCAAUCACAGCAAGGGUGCCAAUUUGGACUACCGGGAUAACAAACUUCCCGCUUGGGAUUACAGGGGAGAGUAUUCAGCUUAUACAUUCACCCAGAAAGCUAUUGACAUUAUCAACCAACACAACGUCUCCCAGCCUCUGUUUAUGUACCUGCCCUAUCAGAAUGUACAUGGUCCUAUUGAGGUUCCCGAAAAGUACUACAACAUGUACCCUAACGUGUUAAACGAAGGCCGCAGAACAUUUUCAGGAAUGGUGUCUGCCCUCGACGAAGCUGUUGGCAACGUAACAAGUGUUCUCAAGGAGAAGGGGUUGUUUGACAACACACUCAUUCUGUUUACAGCUGAUAAUGGCGGUCCUGUAGAAGCCUAUGCCAGCAACUGGCCUCUAAGAGGAGGGAAGCACACAAUCUGGGAGGGGGGCACGAGGGGGACAUCCUUCAUGUAUGGCGCCGGACUAAAGAAAACCAAAACAACUUAUAACGGAAUGAUGCAUGCUGUAGACUGGAAGCCCACCUUGGUGUCAGCGGCUGGUGGAUCGCCUGAGACGACAAUCGAUGGAAUAAGUCACUGGGAAUCCAUCAGGAAUGGCAAUCCAUCGUCCAGAACCGAAUUCAUAUACAAUCUUGACGACUUUGAACCUGCAAUGGAGGGUCAUGCAGCAAUAAGGGUUGGAAACUACAAGCUGAUAUUGGGCUAUCCAGGGACACCCGAUGGCUGGCACGAGCCUAUGAACAAGACAAAGGAUGACAUUUAUGAUUCCAUCAUAUACCUCAAGGGCGACUUCCCAGCUCGUCUGUACAAUUUACAUUCGGAUCCCGCUGAGCGUUACAACCUCGCACCUAAGAAGCCGGACGUUGUCGACCAACUAAGAGCCCGGAUUGAAGACUACCGGAAGCAGAUGGUCCCCGCACUCUACCCUCCUGGUGAUCCUGCAUCUAACCCUAAAAACUUCGGAAACGUCUGGAGCCCCGGAUGGUGCUGACCUGUAUUUGUGCAGACAGACUAGAGCAAUGUCGGCUAACCCGACUUGCAUGCAAUAGUCUUUAGCCAUAUGUCAUGUUGUUUUGAUAUUCAUUCGGCUGAAAUAGUAUGUGACGAUGUGUUGUUUGAAAAUAAGCGGAUGUUGACUAAACUCGAUCUGAAUAACAUAGUCUCUAACAAUAAUAUGAUGCUGAUUUAAAUUCAUUUCAUUUAAAUAGUACGUGUAACAAUGUGUUGUUUGAAAUUCAUUUUGUUAUGAUAUCACAUGUAAAAUAAAUAGGUGCUAGUUU